AUGUCUGAGGCUAUAUCAGGAACUGAGCAACAACAGGUCGCAGCUUCAUCUUCAUCAUCAGCUUCUUCUGAUGGCCCAGCAAAGAAACCGGACUUCAUGGAGCGAUUCAAGCAACUUCAUCAGCGCAGACAAGAAUCUCGCAAGCUGAAUCACGAGCAAGUGGUCGACGAGGAUCGUCGCUCAAAACUGCCCAAAAAUUACGAAUUGAGACGAAAGCGUCAAGAAUGGGAAUUACUAGAACUCACAGAAAAAGAGAAAGCUGAAGAAAGAGGAGAAGACUAUGAGCGUCUGAAGGCGCUCAAAACACAGGCCGAUUUGGCUGACCGAAAGGAGUUCACGAAACGCAAGAAGCAUAAUCCGGACAAAGGAUUCAGCGAUUAUGAGACUAUGACACUUCGCCAGUAUGAACGGCUCUCGGGAAACAUCAAACCGGAUAUGAAGUCGUAUGAGAAGAUGAAAGAAAUUGUUGGCGAAGAGGAGUUCUAUCCAACUUCAAAUACAUUGAUAACUGGAUCACACUAUCCUACAGAUGCUGCGAAAGAGAAAUUAGCACAAGAUAUUAGAUCACAGUAA